AUGCUUGUCAAACAAAGCCUCGCCCUCGUGGCUUUAGCGGCUCACACCAUCGCGGCGCCUUGUGGAGGCAAGACGUAUGAUUAUGUCGUUGUAGGUGGCGGCACCGCGGGUGUGGCCGUGGCGGCGCGGCUGAGUGAGGGUCUUCCUGACUCGAAAAUUCUUUUGAUCGAGGCAGGCCCUGCUGCAUGGGAUGAGCCGAAGAUCAAUGUCCCUGGCAUGAAGGGCUCAACACUGGCAACAAAGUACGACUGGAACUUCACCACCGUGCCGCAGCCCCAUGUCAACAACCGUGUCUUCACCGUCAACCGCGGUAAGGUCCUCGGAGGCAGUUCCGCCCUCAACCUCAUGUCCUAUGACCGGUCUGCUGCCAAUGAGUAUGACAGCUGGGAGGCACUCGGCAACCCUGGAUGGAACUGGGAUACCAUGAUUGCCGCCAUGAAGAAGUCCGAGAACUUUACUGGCAUUAACACCGACACCUACGGCUCCGAGGGUGUCGGAGACAGCGGCCCGGUCAAGGCUGUCAUCAACCGGAUUAUUCCCAAGCACCAGGACUCUUGGAUCCCGACGAUGAAUGCUCUGGGUAUCAAGACUAACUUGGAAUCUCUUGGCGGAAACCCCCUGGGAGUUAUGUACCAGCCCAGCAGCAUCGACGCCACGCAUUACAACCGCUCCUACAGUGCCAACGCCUAUGUCCCCAUUGCCGGAUCCAACUUGGAGAUCUUGUCUGAAACCAUAGUUACAAAGAUCAACCUGCAGAAGGUGGGUGAUGAGCAACAGGCAACUGGAGUCACCCUCCAGAAUGGAACGGUCAUCAACGCCAGAAGGGAAGUGAUCAUCUCUGCUGGCACCAUCCAGAGCCCUGGCCUCCUUGAGCUGUCUGGCAUUGGCCAGGCUUCGGUUCUUGAAUCUUCCGGCGUCGAGCAGGUCAUUGACCUCCCCGGUGUCGGCGAGAACCUGCAAGACCACCUUCGCAUUCAGAGCUCUUACCAGCUGAAGCCCGAGUUCACCUCCUUCGAUAUCCUGCGAAGCAACGCCACCUUCGCCGCUGAACAGCUGGCUCUCUGGAACGCAGGCGAAGUCUCCCUGUACGAUUAUACCGGCAGCGGCUACACUUUUACCACCUGGGCCCAGGCCCUCGGCAACGAUUCCCGAAUGGUAGCCCUUGCCAAGGAGGCCGCUAGUCAGGACCCCAGCAAGGUGGACCAGAAGAAGCUAGAGUUCUUGUCUGACCCGAGCAUCCCUCAGCUGGAAGUCAUUUUCUCCGAUGGCUAUACCGGCGUUAAGGGGUACCCCUCCUCCACUUCGCCGCUGUUCGGCAAGGGCUUCGUCACCCUCAUCGCGGCCAUCAUGCAUCCCAUGAGCCGUGGUAACAUUCACAUCAACCCUGCCGACAAGACGGGAAAGCCCGUGAUCAACCCCAACUACUUCGCCCAUGAGCACGAUCUUGAGGCCGCCAUUCAGGCUAUCAAGUACUGCCGAAAGAUCGCCACCACUGAGCCCAUGAAGUCUAUCUGGGAGAACGAGUAUGAGCCUGGUUUGGAUGUUGUCCAGACCGACGCACAGUGGAGGCAGUUUGCCCUCAACACCACGCUCAGCAUCUUCCACCCCGUCGGAACCUGCUCAAUGCUGCCCAAGGAAGAUGGAGGCGUAGUCGACUCUAACCUGAAGGUCUACGGCACAUCAAACUUGCGUGUUGUCGAUGCCAGCGUUAUCCCUCUUCUCAUUUCUGCCCACGUCCAGACAGCCGUGUAUGGUAUUGCUGAGAUUGCGGCUGAACGCAUUAUUGCUGAUGCUAAGCAGUAA